AUGGAUCAACCUUUUGACAUGGCUAAAGAGAGUAUGAGAAGUGCAUAGUAGAAUAAUAGAAAGGUUCCGAACCUCAAGAACCUAAGAGACAUGAUUAAGAAAAAUUCAACGAAUUCAUCACAAUCCCCAUCUAACUAAAUUAAUAUCAAGUCUGAAAGAACCAAUAAAAAUGAAAGUGAAUGCUCAUUUACUUUGACUAGUGAUGAGGAAAGAGAUGCAGAUGGGAAUUCAAUUGGUGGCAGAAGAAGUAGUAUCACUGGCAAGAGAAGUAAAGGCAAUAAAAUUCCCCUUCCAGAGAAUUAAACUAUUCUCGUUCAAGAAGCGCAAUCUAGAGUUACUCCCAAAUCAUCAAGUUAAACAGUGGUCCACGAAGCUCAUGAGCGUGAAGAAGCAGAUGAUGAUGAUUAAUUUUUGAAAGAGCUAGAAGAGGAAAAUAAAUUGUUGGAAGAAGAAUUGAAAAACCUUUAAAGUGGCAAGCCUGGUGCUGGUGGAUUUAUUAAUCUGAAUUCAACAAAUGGUUUAGCCAGUAUGCUUCCAAGAUAACCUACGGCUGACUCCAGAAAAAGCUAAAGCGUUUAAAAUUCACACAAUCCAUUAAAAAGGAAAAACAGCACUUCAAGUUAAAAUAGCAGUGGAGUGCCAGUCUAGAGGAAGAUAAGAUUCCAAGAUGAAGUCAAUGUAUCACCACUGAAUAUUCAUAUGGGGUCUAGCAGCAAGAAAAGUUUAACUCCAAAGAGAGAUAGUGUCUCCCCCUACACAUCAAAUAGAUCCAACAAUUACCAUAAACCUUCGAGGUCUGCUUCUUCAAAUCAGAGCUUAUCUCCGAGACCUCAAAGAUACCCUUAGCCUAACAUUAAUAAGAUAACGUCACCUAAUAAUCACACCUAAUCAAUUAAAAUUUAGAAUUCUCUUGACUAAUAAUAGCAAAGCCUAACUAAUAGAUCAAUUUAGAGUAUCAGUCCCUCUAAAGAUUCUUCAAGAUAUAUGCAAUCAAUAUCUUAACCGUCUAACAGAGACUCACUCUAGCAUAAUCAUAAUCUGUCUGUUAGUGGUAAUGGCAAUUAAAACUAAGGCACAAUCGACAUUGAAAAGUAUAAAUCUUUGGAAUUAAGGCUUAUGGGCUGUAUGAGAACAAUCAAGACUCUAGAAAAGGAAAAUCAAGCUAAAACCGACAAGAUAGCCUCACUUUAGCUGGAGCUAGAGAAAAAAACUAAGACUAUAGAGCAAAUAAACAAUGAGAGAAUGAACCAAUCAGUAUCUUUAUAAAGGUAGUCUGUGCAAUCCAAGAUAGAAUUCAACUAGAGGAAAAAGGAAAAAGAACAGGAGUAAAAGCUGAAAGAUUAGGAGAGUCUGAUAACAGAUCAAAAGAAGCAAAUGACUCGAUUCCAAGAAAUGAAUAAGCAACUAAUCGAAAAGGUAAAGGAGAUGGAGCAUUAACUCCUCGACAAAGAAAAUAUGACCACAUUGCAGCUAAAUGAUGCUAGUUAGACCAAAAAGGAAAAUCAGCAACUUAAAAAUGAGAUAAAAUAAAUUAAACAAGAUAAAAAGAAAAGCGAGUAUCUUGAAAGAGAGUGCUAGAUUAUAAAAGAUAAAUAUGAAAAUCUCAGGAUUAGCUCAGCUAAGUUUGAAGAAGCUAGCUAGGAACUUUAUAGAAAUCAUCAAAUGAUGAAUGAAAAGAUGAAACUAUUCAUUAGAUAAGCAGCUGAAAGAGGAGUAUUAAAAGAAAUUGCAAUUUGA